AUUUUUCCGUGUUUUCGUCGAAUAACUUUUAUCACCCUUGUUAAAUCAACAUCGAUUUUGUAAAUUCGCGCUUUGGAUAUCUAUUGGAAUUAUCCAGAAAAGAGCUGAAUUCGGCAUGAUCUAAUACGAUUGGCAAACUGGAGUCGCAACGUAGAACAUUUUUGGACGCUUACAAGAUGGACUUAUCCGAGUCCAUGAAAUUGGCGUUGAAAGCUGGCGGUGGUAAUGGCAACAGUGUCGAUGGAGGCUCGUCUCACGGAGGACCAAAUCCCGGGGCGGGAUAUGUGACGGAAAAGUUGUACAUGCUUCUGCAGUUGUAUUUGCAAAACAAAGGAUGGAAUCCGAGCGUUGAGCUAUUGCAGUGUUUUCAAGAGCUUAAGGACAGUCCCGUGCUGCCGUCGCCCGCGUACUUACAAGUUAUCGCAAAUCGCGUAAAUCUAGACUCCCAGGGCCGAUUAAUUUUACGUGAAAACGGAAAAAUAGUUUUGCCGUACGAGCAUUUUGGGAAUGCCGUUAUGCUGAAGCACAUGCAAGGAGGUCCGCAUGGCAUUCACUUGAGUGUGGAGCAAACAGUGCGGGCUGUCAUGGAAUCCUAUACAAUUGGUCGUGAGAAUUUCGGGAUGGAGAAAGAGUUCAUCAUCGAUGUUGUGAAGUCGUGUCCAAAUUGCAGGUACUACAAGAACCACAUGACGCCGUUUAUGGAGCAAGGAUUCGGCGCCGGGUCGCAGCAAUUGAAUCCCGAGUACAUUAAUCAUUUGCAACAAAUGGCGGCAGCAGGCAUCGAUAUUACAGCACUGGAUGCUCAACUUGCCACACAACAAGCAGCAGCAACGCAACAAGCGAACAAUCAACCGUCGACAAGUAAGCACGUGAAACAGUCGUCAUCUUCCUCAUCGUCCUCGUCAGCUCAAAUGUCUCGCAUGGAACAAGCUCAAAUCACGGCAGCGAUUAUCCAGCAGCACGGACAACAACAACGGGCAAUGCAACACACGCCAUUAGAUAAGAAUUUCGUGAGUAUGUUCCCCAUCGAAAAACAACGACAACUGCUGCAACAACAAGCAACUGGCACGGCAGGUCCUAGCAACGCAUCCAACAUCUCUCCAUCGCCCGUUCUCAGCAUCCAUCCUGCUGCAGGCCCAAAUAGCAUCCCAAUCCCGUCAAGAACGACAACUCCCUUACAAGCUGUUCCUCCAUCGCCGUCUCACAUUCAAAUCCCUGCCGAAUCCGGCAAAAUCAACGACUUUUAUCGUUCGAGCUUGGAAUCUCUCGAAACAAUGUCAAGCUCUAAUAAGGAUUUACUAGCGUUGCACAAUGGCGCAUGGGGUAACCAACUGAGUGGUGAUGCUGUCGGAGCUGGUCAAGAAAAAAUCAUCCGCGCUUUCACUGAAUUGAUGAGAAAAAUGGCACUGAUGAAAACCUACAUUCGUCCUGCAAUGUGCGAGUGUCGUCCAUACGGCAAACAGAGCGAAAGUUUGCAAAAAACUCUAAUGGAUACAAUUCAGAUAGUGCAAACUUUGAGAAGCUACUUGCCCGCACCCCAUAUACCCGUCAACUCGUGGAAAAGUGAAAAUAGCCCCGCAAAAGGGCAGGAAGUAGGUAACGCAUAAAAAAAUAACUUUUUAAAGACAAACGAUUACGCGCAAAGGAAGCUCAAAAAUGUUUGAAGGCAGAAAAACGAAGAAAAUUUCGUUGCCAUAUACAAUAAAUAUCUUUCUUAUAUAAAUAUAUUUAAAAAAAAAAUACUCGAUAGUAGCAGCGACUUGUAGGUGUCUAAAAAAUAAUUCAUUAAUAAUAAUUUAUACAUGAAAAAGCUGUUUUUAUUUGGCUUGAAACCCUAAAUGAAUAAUAUUUAGAAAGAAUUGAUAAGCAAUUUUAACGGAAUAGGAAAAAAAAUGAACGAAAUUUAAUUUGAAAAACGAAAAAAUUGUCAAUUUUAUCAUAAGUAUCAUUAGAUCACAAAUUUUUCAGAAAAAAAAGUAUUUUUAGUUU